CCCUUCUUGCCCUGUCCUGCCUGCUUUCUGCCUGCUUCCUUCUGUCUGCGAGGCGUCCAUGGCGUCCUCCUCCCCUCCUCUUCGUUCGUAGCCGUUCUGGCUCAAAGCCGCUGCUUAAGUAGGGGCGUUUCCUUACAUGUACUUUCCUUUUGUUCGUACCUGAAUCGCCUGACCCCCCUGCAGGCGACCAUGUACUUCCCGAUGCCAGCUGCGCUGCUCGGGAGCCUGGCCGUCCUGAUAGGUCGAGCGCGUGCUUUUGGUGGCUCGGCAUUCCUUGGCGCAGAUCGCACGCUUGAGUCGCAGGAGCGCUUGAGAGCGAUCCUCACCAGCAACAUGACGUUCGAUGCCUUUGUCAAGGCGUACGGCCGCACAUACAAGAAGGGCUCCGAGGAGUAUGCCAUGCGGGAGGACCUGUACCGGGUGCAGGCGGAGGAGGUGAGGAGGCACAACAGCAACCCCCACAGGAACUGGGAGGCGGCGAUCACCCACCUGGCGGACCGCACGAAGGAGGAGCUCGCCAAGCUGCGGGGCUACCGGCGAGGGGCGGGGGCGGCCGUCGAGGGGGACGCGGGCGAGGCAUCCUUCCUUAGCACAGACAGGCGCGUCGUGGACGUGUCGAAGGCCCCCAAGGCCUGGAGCUGGGUCGGGCGGCUGAAGGCAAUGUCAAACGUCCGCGACCAGGGCGAGUGCGGCAGCUGUUGGGCCUUCGCCACAGCAACCAUGCUGCGGGCGCACAGCGAGCUGUACCUGCAGCAGGACCGCAGCUUCUCCGUGCAGCAGCUCCUCUCUUGCACCCCCAACCCGAACCACUGCGGCGGCGAGGGCGGCUGUCACGGGGCCACGGCCGAGCUCGCCAUCUCGUACGCGAGCAGGAUGGCCAUCAUGAAGGAGGAGGCCAUGGACUACCAGGCGAAGAUGGUCGACUGCCCGAGCGGCUCGCAGUUGAAGAAGCCAGGCUUCCUCCAGUCUCUGAGGGAGAGGAUGCACCUGGGUGGCGGCGGCGGCGGAAGCGUCCAGCCCGCUGAGACGACGGGCUUCGGCAUGACCAGCUGGAGGAAACUGCCGGAGAACAUGUACGCGCCCCUCCUCAUGGCGGUCUUCCAGGAAGGCCCCGUGAGCGUGUCGCUUUCGGCCGGCGACCAGUGGAACAAGUACCAGAGCGGCGUGAUGGACGCCUGUGAGAAGGGCGCCGUCGUGAACCACGCGGCCGUGCUCGUCGGCUAUGGCGAGGAGAAGAUCCGCAACGUGAAGUACUGGCAGAUCCAGAACUCUUGGGGCCCCAACUGGGGUGAGCGUGGCCACAUCCGCCUGUUCCGACACGAGGGGGAGCAGGAAGACCAGUACUGCGGCUGGGACCACCAGCCGGAGGAGGGCACGGGCUGCAAGGGCGGCCCGCCGAAGGUCUGGGUCUGCGGGUCGUGCGGGAUCCUGUACGACUCCGUCGUGCCCACGUUCGCCGCCAGCCCCCUUGCGCUGGCAGCGAAGCAGAGCAUGCAGCAGUCCGACGAGGGGGAGGCGGACGAGGACUCGUUCAUGGAUAGAGCAGACUCCAUGCUGCAGAUCAGUGCCGAGUCCACGGCGCACGCACGCAAUCGCCGUCAUCGCGCCUGAUCGCCCCCCCCCCCCCCCCCCGCGGCGCGAGCUGUAGCUGUUUCGCAAGCGCGCGGUCAUGCACUCCAUCACGUGACUUCGGGGUUCCCGUCACUUUAUAACAUCGUGCCAGUGAUCAUCGUCUCAGGUACUUGUGUUCAUCGUGGUGAUAUACAUACGUCGCACUUCGACCAAUGACACAGAACUCAAGCGUUUAAUGUUGCCACAGCGCGCUAAGGUCGUAUAUGUGCGUUCAUGUGGAAUUCGAGUGUUUUUUUAUACGCUUUCCCCCGUUUGCAUGUUCAGCCGGU